AUGUUAUGGCUGUUGGUGUUGUUACAUAGCUCAUUGUUAUCAGCGCAGACCACCCCAAACACAUCAGAAACCACGCUCAAAACUGCUGAAAACUCUCAAGAUACCACCUCCUAUACAAUCGGGUUCCUUAUCGGAAAACGGAACACUCAUAAACAAGUCAUAGAUCGGCUCAUACCCUACGCAAUAGAAACGUUUAACAACAAUUCAGCGGGGCAAGUUAAGUUAGAGGCGGUGGUUCGGUUCUAUGAUGAGUACUCCAUGCACAGCCUGAUAGAGGCGUCCUGUAGUCUGGUAAGUGAAGGUGCUGUAGCGGUCAUCUCCCCUGAUGGCUCCUACAAUAUAGGCACACAAGCUGACUUGCUGGGGGAGCUGAAUAUCCCACUGAUCUCCGCGGUGGCAACAGAUCCCCACAUAAAACGGUCCUCACGGACCAGCCUGCUCCUCAUGUCACCUGGUGAUGAGUACCAAUCUAAUGCCAUUCUCGACCUCCUGCAGUUCUAUCACUGGCAUGAAGUGUCUUUAGUGGCGUCUGACACCAACUACGGAAUCAACGGAGUUAACUUCUUCCAGCAGCUUCUAACUCUCAAAUCUGGCCUGGAAUUUGUCAUCAAAUCGAUAACAUUCUUCAACGCAGUAGGUCACCCAGAUACAAUGGGGUUCAGGAACACCCUGCAAAACGUUAAAAGAUCCCUCUCUCGAGUCAUUAUAUUGAACUGCGAAGGUAGGUACGGGAGAAUGAUUCUAGAGCAAGCCAACGAGCUCGGUUUGUUUGAAAAGGGUCACGUGUGGAUUGUGACGGAUGGAAUCACCUCCAGCCCUCAUGCACUGUCUUACGAGAACUACUAUCCAACAUAUUAUGAGGGCUUGAUAGGGAUAUACCCAUACAUUGACACUACUUCCAAGUCUUACAAGGUGUUUAAAGACAAGAUAUUAUCAGCAGAACGGAACCUGACAGCGGCUUCUCUAGCACCUCACGUGGUACUCACUUACGAUGCAGUGCAGAUUCUAGGUGCUGGACUCGAGGCAUCUGGCUCCAAUCUCACUAAACAGGACUUGGAGUGCAGCAGCACUGACUCCUGGUCCAGUGGAGAGGGGUUCUUCUCGUCCUUGCUGGGUAAGAAUCACGAGGGAAUAACAGGAAAUGUGUCAUUCACUGACGAGGCUCUCAGGGACAAGGCGGCUUACAAAAUUGUCAACUUCGUGAAUCCUGGCCUGUUUGUUGAUGUGGGAAGAUGGACUAGCGAUAAGGGGCUCAUUAUGUACAACGAUGUGGACUCUACCUCGGUUCAAUUCCUUGGGGGAGUCAAUCAACACCCUGUAGGAGUUGCUACCGAGCUUCAAGGCUUGCAUCUGAAACUUGGAGCAACGACCAACCCACCAUUUGCUUAUAAAAAAAUAAACUGUACAAAUAUCGAUCCGAACAAGUGUUGGGAGGGAAUCACACCCGACAUUGUCGCUGAGUUUUCAAAAGAAAUGAACUUUACUUACGAAUAUGUCGAACCAAGUGAUAAUGAGUAUGGUUAUCUGAACCCACAGACUGACAAAUGGAAUGGAAUGAUAGGUGAUAUGCUAGAGGGCAAGACUGAUAUGAUCACAAUGGACCUGUCUGUGAGUUUUGAGCGCAAAACACAUAUAGACUUUACUGUCGCCUUCAUGGACUCUGGAAUAAGUCUGGUUAUAAGGGGAGAAUCCAGCAAAAGCAACUCCUUCUUCUUCCUGAGUCCGUUUGAGCUGAUGGUCUGGACGAUGAUCUUUGCUGGAUUUAUAGCAAUGUCGCUGAUACAGAACUUGUUUAACAAACUGUCCCCCUACGGAGAGUACGGCCAAAGAGUCCACGCUAUGCAGACCUGCAAGUGUGUCAGGUGUGCUAUCAGACGACGAGCCAAGAUUGAACAAAACAUCAAGCUGCGUGAUCACAGGAACAUAGAGUGCAUGAUCGCACUAGCAGCGGACGAUAGGAGAGAUGAGAUGAAUUUCUACAACGCUCUGUUUCUAAACGCUGCAGGGUUUGUGGGCCACGGCGCUGAGUCCAUGCCGAAGAGCCCCUCUGGACGCCUAAUCCUUCUAACGUGGUGGUUCUUUGUCCUUCUCAUUAUCUGCAUGUACACUGCAACUCUCACAGCAUUCAUCACACUCGACAGAAUAGGUAUAACAAUAGACAAUGCCAAGCAGCUCCUCCAACAACACAAGUACUCAUGGGGCAUGCUCAACCACAGCUUUGUGGAGGCGCUUCUCAGGAACAACAUCGACCCAGACUACGAGAAGAUAGUGGACGGAGCUCUCAAGCUACCCAACAUGUCGGAAGGAAUCAGGAAGGUGAAGCAAGGUGGCUUUGUGUUGAUAGACGAGACUCCUCUCAUAUCCUACGAUCUGAUGGGAGAGUGUGACAUGUUCUACAUUGGCGGAGAGAUUCAGACGUUUGACUACGCGUUUGGUCUUCCCAAAAGCUCGCCCUACAUCGCCCUGUUCAACACACAGAUUAUAAAGCUGCGAGAGCAGGGAUAUUUCGACGGACUAUGGAAGAAAUACGACCGAACUCCCGACCACUCCUCAGAUUGUGACAGUCACGUGACCGGGGGAAGUACUGCUCUCAAUCUCCUCACUCUCAAGGGUCUCUUCUAUUUCCUCUGUUUUGGGAUAUUUGUCAGCAUGAUAGUUUUCUUCUUCGAGCUGGUCGUUGCUACUUCUAAAGACCCUCCCGACGACAAACACCGGACUUUUUGGGGGAAGUUUAACAGGCGGAUCGGACUGAAGAUAGAGGACGUGAGAACUGAAUGGUUUAGUUACCCCUACUCCAAGUUGCAAAAGAUUGACGAGGAAAGGGAUGGGAUAAGUGAGAACGGAACUCCUCCUGCUUACGAUCCCGGAAAUUUAACUGUUCUUUGAAAUGUCUUACUAGUACUACUGGGCUUUGUUUAUUGUUCUAGUCCAAACUAAUGUUUCAGCGUUUUUAUUAUGUAGCAAGAGAUAAAUUUAUCCCAAAAAUAUUAUUAGCCAUUGUUUUGAUUUAAAUCUCACAUAAUUUGCAUUGUCCCAUGUUCAUAUAUAAUGAUUCAACGGACUGUUGGAUUACAUCAUAAUGGACCCAGCAGAGAAGUUGGAUGUUUCAAUGAGAACUGCUUUAUGUCAGAGAUAACAAUAACAGGAAAAACAAAAGAAGUAGCAAACAAAUAUUAAGCAAUUUCUAAAACGAGUGAAGUUGUGAGAAUAACGUUUUGCAUUGUGUCCGUUGAGCUAAUUUAAAUUAAAAUUCUUAUUCUACUUUGGAUCCGUUGCUAAACUUUGAGAACUUUGUAUUUCGUUUUGCAAACUUAUCGAAAUUUUAAUCUGUGAGAGGAGAACUAACUUUACGUUAAAUUAGAGGAAUUUAGUUAAAAGUGUAAUUAACUGUCAGUAUUUUG